CGUACGCUCUGCGUACACUAACCCUACAGUUUUCUUUUUUUGCCAAUGCUGUACAUGCACUCAUCAGUCAGGCUCAAUGACAGUGGUCAGGCUAACAUGAAGCGGAGACAGCGUACUACAGACGGUUGCGACUUACGUGUAGUAAGAGCUACCCGGCAAGGACAAGCUUUUUAGCGGCUUUACGACACUCUUCAGGUGUAGCGAGAUACAGGGUGACAACAAAAUAUGGCUGGGAAGGCUUUCAGAGCGUUGCACCUUUGUCGGCAUCACAUGGCCUUGCUGCGCGGAUGCACGCAUGCAGACUCCAGCAUUCUGCUACGAAGACCCUUCAGUUCAGGCCGAGGAGGCAAGAGAAGAGGAGUGCUUAAGACUAUGCUGCUGGGAGUCUCUGUGGGUGUGCCCCUAGUGGUGGGAGUCCGAUACGCCAUAUCUGAACCUCGCGAGAGGCGGAAAAUGAAGGUUUUGGUGGAGGGCAUCGGCCGCUUCUGUAGGUCUCUAUAUGUUGGAAUCUUGAUUUCAGUGGAUUAUUGGUGGACAUCAAAUGUAACACUCCGCGGCUUAGAAGAGAGCAGUUUGGCCUUUUCCAAGGGGAUGUCGGAGUGCCACCAGAGGGCGGCAGACAACAUAGUGAACGGGGCCGUGCAGAACGGGGGCCUGUAUAUCAAACUGGGCCAGGGCCUGUGUUCCUUCAACCACCUGCUGCCCCCCGAGUACAUCCGCACCCUGCAAGUACUGGAGGACAAGGCCCUCAACAGGAGGUACAAGGAGGUAGAUGCACUCUUUCAGGAGGACUUCAACACUACGCCUGACAGGAUGUUCAAGACGUUUGACUAUGAGCCAGUAGCAGCAGCAAGCUUGGCGCAAGUACACAAAGCAGAGUUGCAUGAUGGGACGCCAGUGGCUGUGAAGGUGCAGUACAUUGACCUCAGAGACCGGUUUGAUGGUGAUAUCCGAACACUGGAAGUUCUCUUGGAUGUUAUAAAGUUCAUGCAUCCAAGUUUUGGGUUCCGAUGGGUCUUGAAGGACCUGAAGGGAACGUUGGCUCAGGAGCUGGACUUUGAAAACGAAGGCAGGAACUCCGAACGAUGCGCGCAGGAUCUCAAGCACUUUAAAUUUGUCGUCGUCCCUAAGGUGUUCUGGGAACAAACGAGCAAGAGGGUGCUGACGGCAGAGUUCUGCGAAGGCUGCAAAAUAAACAACCUAGAAGAAAUCAAGAGGCAGGGGUUGAGCUUAAAGGACACGGCCGACAAGCUGAUCCGUACCUUCGCCGAGCAGAUAUUUUACACCGGCUUCAUUCACGCCGACCCCCAUCCCGGCAACGUGUUGGUGAGAAGAGGUCCAGAUAAAAAAACAGAGCUCGUUCUUUUGGACCAUGGACUGUACGAACGCCUCAGCAAAAGUGACAGAGCGGCUCUGUGCAAGCUGUGGCGCGCCAUCGUCCUGCGAGAUAAAGCCGCUAUGCAGACAUACUCCAACGACCUGGGGGUCAAAGAGUACUUCCUGUUCUGCGAGAUGCUGCUGCAGCGGCCAAUCAACAUGCAGGAGCUGGGCCUGGCAAACAUCCUGAGCCGGGAGGAGACGUCCUACAUGCGGGAGAUGGCCGUGCACCACUUCGACAGCGUCAUGCAGGUGCUCAAGUCCCUGCCCCGCCCCAUGCUGCUGGUCUUCCGCAACCUCAACACGGUGCGCAGCAUCAACAUCGCCCUGGGGGCGCCCGUCGACCGCUACUUUGUCAUGGCCAAGAGCGCUGUGGGGGGCUGGGGGCGCAUCCAAGUGGAGGAGUCCAGAGUGCUUCCUACCCUCAGGCUGUUUGGCUGGCUCUGGACGGCGUGGGAGAGCGUCAAAUUUGAGUGUGCUUUACGGUCAGAGAUGGCGAUUAUGAGCCUGACGAGAUCGCUGCUCUACCUGCUGUCCUACUUUGGCUUGGUAUCACUGGGUGAAGAGGUGCAGCAGUACCUGCAGUGAGCGAGGCUCCGUCUCUUUACCUCCUGGAAUGACGUGGUGCAGGCACCUACCUGGACUGUAAGGCAUGACAUGACCAAUUCACUCACGCCCAGCACAGAAAGACGCAGUAUGCUCCAUGAAAGCCUGGGAAGUAAAUGGACUGUUUCCUUUAACAGCUGACCUGGGUUGGUCUGUUUAGUUUAAACGCUGACCUGGGUCGUUCCCAUUAUCAUUCAGUCGCUAUUGGCAAAGGACCAGGACUGCCAAAAUCCAUUCACCUGUUCAACUCUAAUGCCAUUAAACGCAUGUAACGACCAGUAAAGUGCCAAGAUGACAUCAAUACCUUUCAAGAAAAAUCCCAUCAGGUUUAUACGCUUUUUGAAACCUCAUUUUAUACUGGUCAAAAUGAAUUGCGGUAAGCAGCAACAUACUUCAUUGUGCAUUUAUAUUUACCGGAUUGUUGCCUUUAGCAGUGCUUUUAAGCAUUUUCAAGGGUCUUGGAAGGAUCUCUUGUAAUCUGAUUUUAGUUGGCUUAAAACAAAAGGAACAAGAGCUUGAUUUGGAAAACAGUUUCAUAUAUUGCAAAUGGCAUCGCUUACCUCAAGAUAUAUUGUGCAAAAAUACACAGGGACACAUUUCAAAUCAACGCUUUUCUUCUCAAGAUAAAAAGUGCAGCCAAUGACAAUACAAAAACUGACUGAGGUCUAAAUAAUUCUGAAUUUGGUUGUGCUGUAGCAAACAUUUUAAAAAUAAUUGUGUUGUUCAUCCAUCUCCAAAACUCUUCAAUUGUGAUGAAUUUGUUUUGAUAAUAGAAUUUGAAUCUUAUCUGUGUAUUACAUGGACCAAGUCUACUUCAUCUUAACUAAUGCAUUUAAUAAAAUAACUAAAAUAUUAA